CAAAAUAGGCAUGCCAUUUUAUUGUUAAAACUUAAAACCUCUGCUGCAUGAGAAAGACAACUUCAAUUGCAUCAAAGAAUUUACCACUAUUUUGUGGAAUUACUCACCUCUGUUCCACUCAGAAGCUUUAUCACUCCAUUUCCUUCCAAAACCUGCAUCUUCAUCAACAUUUAUAUGGAGAAAAUGUCACACACCAGAGACUCAUUGACCUACUUCAAGAACCCACAAGGGUUCAAUCAGUCAACGCAAUCAAAGCCUUCCAUGCAAUCACAAUUACAAUGGGUCCAAACCCAACAGAACCCAUUGUUCUUUACAAUACUAUCAUCUCAAAGUACGCUUCUUUGGGUGAAGUUGUUACAGCUCGUAAACUGUUCGACAAAAUGCCGCAAAGAAAUGUCGUGUCGUAUAAUACUAUGAUCAAAGCUUAUAAUCGAAAUGGUAUUUUGGAGGAAGCCUGGAAGUUGUUCCGUGAGCUGAGAAUUUUAGGAUUGAAGCCUACACAAUUCACAUUUGGCGGCAUUUUGUCUUCUGCUUUGAUGAAUCUUGUUCAAGGGUUUCAACUGUUGGCAUUGAUUGUAAAGAGUGGAUUUUUACAUGCUGAUGCAAUAGUUGGUACUGCAUUAUUGGGUGUGUUUGGGAGUCAUGGAUGUUUAGAUGAAGUCACUCGGGUUUUAGAGGACAUGACUAUAAAGAACUUGGUGACAUGGAAUUGUAUGAUAUCUCUGUUUGGGCAGCACGGAUUUGUUACAGAAUCAACUGAGAUGUUCCUUGAACUCUUGAUAAGUGGAGUGGAAUUGUCUCAAUCGACUUUUGUAGGUGUUUUAGCUGGUUUUACUGGGGAAUUUGACUUGGAACUGGGAGAACAAAUACAUGGCUUAGUGGUCAAGUAUGGGUUUGAAGACUCAGUUUCAGUGGCUAAUUCUUUGAUUAAUAUGUAUGCCAAGUGUGGGGAGAUGUGCUCAGCGGGGAAAAUGUUUGAGGAGAAUGGUGUUAAGGAUGUUGUAUCAUGGAACACUAUCAUUGGAGCAAUGACAAAAAGUGAUAGGCCAGAUAAAGCAUUUUCAACCUUUUUGCAAAUGUGUGGAAAUGGAACCUUUCCUAACCAGACGACAUUUGUGAGUGUUCUACACUCCUGCCUUUGCCUGAAGGACCCAUCAUAUGGCAAAUGUAUUCAUGCUAAGAUAAUCAAGAGAAAUUUGGAAUCUGACGUAUAUGUUGGCAGUGCUUUGAUUGACUUCUAUGCAAAACAUGACAAAUUGGAAAUUGCCCUUCUUUGUUUUGACAAAAUAUCUCAUAAGAAUUUGGUUUGUUGGAACUCUUUGAUGGCAGCUUAUUCAAAUAGAAACUCUUCUGUUGCCCUUUUGCUACUCCGAGAAAUGUUUCACUGCAGCUAUCGUCCUAAUGAGUUUUCAUUUUCUAGUGUUGUUAAAUCAUCUGUAGGCCUAGAGGUGCAGCAGCUUCAUUCAUUCAUAAUAAAGAUGGGCUAUCAUGAUAAUGAGUACGUAUCCAGCUCUCUUAUCAGUUCAUAUGCCAAAAAUGGAUUUAUAGAUGAUGCCUUGAAAUUUGUGGAUGCUAAGUGUACACCGAUUUCUGUAGUCACUUCCAAUGUGAUUGCUGGUAUUUAUAAUAGAACCAGGCAGUAUGAAAAGACUCAAGAACUAUAUUCUGCACUUGAGGAACCUGAUAUUGUGUCUUGGAACAUCUUAAUUGCAGCUUGUUCUCGAAAUGGUGAUUAUAGAGAAGCUUUUGAUCUCUUUGAUCAUAUGCAGAGAGCUAAGAUAAGACCAGACAAUUACACUUAUGCUAGCCUCUUUAGUAUCUGUUCCAAACUUUGCAACCUGGCUUUGGGAAGGUCUCUUCAUGGUCUGGUUUUUAAGACUGAUAUUAAAUGCUGUGACACGUUUGUCUGCAAUGUAAUGAUUGAUAUGUAUGGAAAAUGUGGGAGCCUGGGGUGUUCAUUUAAGAUCUUUAAUGAAAUGACAAACAGGAAUGUUAUUACAUGGACUGCUAUUAUUUCAGCCCUUGGAUUACAUGGUCAUGCUCAUGAAGCACUACAAAAGUUCAAAGAGAUGGAGGCGGAGGGCUUCAUGCCAGAUAAGGUUGCUUUAAUUGCUGUUAUUUCGGCAUGCAGGCAUGUGGGAUUAGUAAAAGAGGGGUUGGAAUUAUUUGAGAAAAUGAAACCGGAGUAUGGAGUUGAACCAGAAAUGGAUCACUACCUCCUCGCCGUUGACUUAUUGGCUAGAUAUGGCAAUCUAAGAGAAGCUGAAGAGUUAAUUGCUGGGAUGCCCUUCCCGCCAAAUGCACUUGUUUGGCGUAGCUUUCUUGAAGGCUGCAAGAGAAAAAGAACCACACAUAAUGUGGCCCUUCUCAUGUAAAUAGCCUUGAGCAAAUGAGUUGACAUUCUACUCUGCUUACACAGAGAUCAGUGUGAGGUAAUUGUAUUGGCAUGCAAGAGGUUGUUUAUAGAAGUCUUGAAGUACUUCAAUAUCACAAAUGGGUCUAAAAUUAUACAAGUCAAAGAUAAUGAGCGUAAAUCCAUAUAUUGGUGAAAUUGAUCUGCCCUCUUCUGGUUGACAGAUUUGACUUUUCUUUAGUUUGUGUCACUGUGUUCCUUUCAGAAUUUGAUCCUUCAGUGAUGAAGUUAGAAGCAAAAUAAGGCUUUGAUCCUCUGCAGUGUUUUGCCUCCUUUUUAUAAACCACUUAUGCAGGACGAAUGCACAUGGUCAUUGAAGGGAGUGCUCUUGCGUCCACUAUACCCUUUCCCUUUUGUUGUUUGUUGAUAUCCUUUGCUUGCAUCUUUGUUCAUUUAGUGUUUGCUUGUUUUUAGUCUUUCUUUUUUUUCGUUUCCAUUUUUUCCAGCCCUCUGAACCUUGGGCCUUUUCUUUUUAAUAAUUUGUUCUAGAAAAUAGUUAUUGUCCUCUUAGAGGCAUGAAAGUUGGAAUUUAUACUUUAUCUUUUGUCCUUGUCUAUCCGUUUGACUCACUGAUUUGUUAAUGUUACUGGUGAUGGCAACUCAGAUUUGUUACUGUUGUAGUCAUGAUAAACAAAGUGGUCGCCUCCAAAUGAAAUAUGCUAUCCCAUGACUGCUGGAGGGACAGAGCAAAUCUGAGGAUGAUUAUUGACCACACUGAGUGGUGGGAAGAAAGAAUUUAGUUCUAGCUUAUCACAAGGUUUGGCAGAAAGCACUCCGUUUGUAUUACUAGAUUGGGAAAUAAAUUUGGUCUUUGGACUUGGUAGAUACAAAUCUAUGACAAGCAGUUUGUGAUGCUGAAAGCACUAGUGUGCAAAAUCAUUAUCAGGAUGAUGACAAUAGGAUAGACCAUCUCCUAGCCAUCCCUCAACAGUGUCAUCAAUUUCUGAUAACAAACCAACUAGAAGAUGUCCACUUUGAGUGGCGUCAUUGUGCUUGAAAAUCUUUUAGACUAUUUGGUCUGCUCUGAAUAAUUGAUGGCCUCGUAUUGACUAUUGAAGCCUCCAACUUAUCCUGUUCUGCUUGGUCACCUUUAAGUAGUCCAUUCAAAUUUGGUUACUAUCUUGAACUUCAAGCGUAUUUAGGUAGUCAUUUCUUCAGCAUCUUUGCCAGCAUAAUGGAGAUGAAAACAUCAGCCACUUAUCAUGACCAUCAAGGAGUGAGUCAGCGUGAUCUAUGAUGCUUCACAUUUGUAGUUUAAGCAGAAAAAGUGGAGUCAUAAUUUUCUGGCAACGCUUAUUUCAACGUGUAAGGCUCUUCAUUUAGGUUAAGAAGUCUGCAUGGCAGUUCGUUAUUACAAAUGCCGGCUUAGUUCUCUAAACUUGACAUCGUCAUCAUAAGGCUUUUUAGUAAUGUUAUGUUUGAGAUUCUAUUUCUUUUUGUGUUCUUGGUUCUCAAUGUAAGGCUUUUACUUUUCUUUCUGUAAACCUUCAUGAUUUAUAAAAAGCA